AUGGCUCCAAUCACCACCACUCUCCUCGCCCUCAUCGUGGCCGCCCUCCCUGCCACUGUCACGGCGACCCAGGCUCAGACCUGGAGCGGCACUUCGUGCAACUCAGGUGACCACCUCUUCUGGUCUGGUCAUUCGAUUGACUGCCAGCAGCUUGGCAAUGUCCACAGUCUUUCGAUUGACAGCCUCGACUCUGGGUGCACCAUCACCUAUUACUCGGACAGUUCCUGCUCUAAUGACGCUACGUCUGCUCGUGUUGGAUCUUGCUGGGGCUACAACACUGGUGGCCCGAUUCAGUCUUGGUCUUGGGACUGCUAG